AAAUGUUGGCAAAUGUUCUUGUCUGUCGCGCUUCGUUUUGUUGUUGAGCUGCUAACUCUGGCACGUACAGCGAGGAACUACAUCAAAUAUAAGGUAACGGGCACUGACGGGCAGCAAUGUCGCUGUAUGAUGAUCUCGGUGUGGCAGCCAGCGACACCAAGACCGAAGGCUGGUCCAAGAACUUUAAGCUGCUGCAGUCCCAGCUGAAGGUGAAGAAGGCAGCUCUGACCCAGGCCAAGACCCAGCGGAUGAAGCAGACCACUGUCUUGGCUCCUGUCAUUGAUCUAAAGAGAGGAGGCUCCAGUGAUGAGCGACAAAUCACAGACACUCCUCCACAUGCUGCUGCUGGACUCAAGGACUCAGUGCCCAGUGGCUUCUCCUCUGGCGAUGUACUGAUCCCGUUGGCAGAUGAGUAUGACCCAAUGUUCCCUAAUGACUAUGAGAAGGUGGUGAAGCGACACCGGGAAGAACGACAGCGGCAGAGGGAGCAGGAGCGGCAGAAGGAAAUUGAGGAGAGAGAAAAGAAAAGGAAAGACAGACAUGACAGUGGGGCUCCAAGUGGUUUUUCUCGUUUCCCGGCAACAGAGGACGACUCAGAUGAGGAGGAGGAAUAUGAGAAAGAGCGGAGGAAACGAAGUAUGGGUGGAGCAGCCAUUGCUCCUCCUUCAUCACUUGUGGACAGAGAUGGCUCCUCGUCAUACUCCUAUGAGGAUGAAGGUCGUCUUGCCAGAGGUUCGAAGGCCGCCAUCCCUCCACCCAUGUAUGAGGACUCAGACAGGCCACGUUCGCCGCCUGGACCAACCAGCUCCUUCUUGGCCAACAUGGGAGGCACGGUGGCCCAUAAAAUCAUGCAGAAGUAUGGCUUCAAAGAAGGCCAGGGCCUGGGGAAGCAUGAGCAAGGCCUCAGCACAGCACUGUCUGUGGAGAAGACCAGCAAGAGAGGUGGAAAGAUCAUUAUAGGUGACGCUGCAGAAAAACCAGGGUCCAGCCUGUCAGGUGUUGCUGAAACUUCAGGAGGAGGCUCUGCAGCGGACUCUUCCAAAAAGACGGAGACAAACCCACUCACAGAGAUCCUCAAAAACCCAACCAAAGUGGUUCUGCUAAGAAACAUGGUAGGCCGAGGAGAAGUGGAUGAAGACCUGGAGGGAGAGACAAAAGAAGAGUGUGAGAAAUAUGGCAAAGUGGUUAAAUGUGUCAUUUUUGAGAUCGCAGAUGUUCCAGAUGAUGAAGCUGUCAGGAUAUUUCUGGAGUUUGAGAGAGUGGAGUCAGCCAUCAAAGCCGUGGUGGAUCUGAAUGGACGUUAUUUUGGAGGGCGAGUCGUCAAGGCCUGCUUCUAUAAUCUAGACAAGUUUCGGGUUUUGGAUCUUGGCGAACAGGUCUGAUGUCUCCCUGGGGAGCUACAUAAACACCAACAGACACUAUGAACGCACCUCCUCUCCCUAAAUUUUACAUAAACCUUUUUUUAUAUUUCCCAAACAGCAGUGAAGUGUCUGAAUGUAGUGAUGACAAGUCCAACUUGUAGAUUAUUGCUUGUUUUUUUUUUUUUUUUUUUGUUUUUUUUUUUUUCCUGUGAUGAAAAUGCCUUAUGUCAAGACAAAAUAAAGGGUCUAAACUUUGUCAAGUUUACUGUUUACUUUAUUUAUGAAUCGUUAUUCCCUGCAGAUGUACGUUUUUUUGUUGUUUUUAGGUGAACCUUUUAAACCUGUAAUAUUAGAGUCAGUAUAGCUAAUUAUUCUCUGAAAUUCAAUCUAGUCUUGCUGACUGGGCUAAACAUGUUUUUCAUCUUCAAAAUGUGAAAUAUUUUGUCCUGGUAUAAACACUUUGCAGCAAAAUCAUAAAUUAAACUUGAAACUUGCACACAUCCUGUUGUGGAUCAGCUCGCAAUGUCCAAGAAGCCUAGUUUCCCUCUGAAUUGUCUGAUAUCAGGCAGGCUCCACAUUAGUGUUAACACAUCCCCAGGGCUCAAUACUCUUAACAUAGCCCUGAUGGAUUAUGGGAGGGGGACUGGGGCGGUGAACCCAUCCCCAGCCUCAUUCAGAAUUUAUGUAAGUGCGCCAAAAGGGCCCUGGAGGUUCCAGUGAAAAAUGUCAGGAGGCAUCCCAGUGGAGCAGGUUUAAUUCAGAUUAGGGAAACGGGUUGAAUAAAGAAACAAAUGAGAAGAGACCCUUGAAAGAUUUAAUUCUAUAAUUUAUUGCACAGCUGUGGGGUCAAAAGUCAAGAGAAUAUGAGUUAACUGGCAAAAGCUGAAGGAUAAAAACAGAAGUUUGACCAGCCGUGGAAAGACUAAAAUAUUCUGCACAAGUGCUGUUAUUAAUAUGUUUCCCAGGCCUGUAUACUAAUGUACACAUUUGAGUCAGUAUAAAGUACCUGGUAAAGUAAAAGUUAUCAAUAAUAUUUUCUCAGAACAACAGCAGUGAUGUAUGUGUGUGUACUAUAUAUGUAGGAACCAGGCAUGAGACUAAUGUUGAGAGCAUGUCAUGAACGCGCACAACAGAGCAGAGCGAUGCGAUUGGUUUGAUUUCAGUGGUAAAUGACAGUGGGUGUGACAUAAGAUGAGGUGGAGGGGUCAUGAUGCUUGUGGCUUAAAGUGGCUGAAGGUCACCAUGUCUCUUUUGUAAGAGCAGGUAUUGUAGGUUGACCUGGAUAAGUUGUGUCCAGUUUCUUCUGAUUCUGAUUUUAUCAACUCCGCCUUGCGAAGAAGAUCUUGAUAAACAUUUCAAGAUGAUUUGUUGGAAAAAAUCUGUGUAAAUCGACAGACUAUUGAGAUUCAUCACAAGUAAAUGUCGCACUCUGUAUUGCUGUAUUGUUUUGUAUUGUCCAAUAUAAGUGAGUACUGGUACCUUAAUUAUAAUUAAGUAAUGUACUGGUAAUCACUAUUGACUAUAACAUGGGUAGAGAUUGUUGAAAUUUUUUAGUUAAAUUACUGAGUGAAAAUGGGAAUAAAUGUCAAGAUGGCUUUUCUUGCAUCUUAAAAGAAUGA